AACAAAGUCAUACCCAAAAUGAGUGAAAGCAGAUAAAACUGUGAAAAUUAGUAUUAAUCGCACCCCCUAGUGAAGAUUGUUUUCUUUCCCUUCACUUAACCUUACCCACCAACCCCUUCUCACCCCUGUCUGUCGUGUUAAUUCAUUCAUCUUCUCUCACCAACCCAAACCCUCACUGUCUCCUUCCUCUACGAUGAUGGCAUUUUCAGUUUGCAAAACAAUUCCAUUAACUUCUUUCUACAAAACCAGCACCAAAGAAGUCUCAAUUGAACCAUCAUCAAUAUGGUUUACAAGAAAGACGAGAAGUAUUGGUGUAAUCAAGUGUUCAAUUGAACGCAGUAAUAGCAGUGAUGGAAAGAAAGGAGUAGUUUCGAAUUCAAAUUAUGUUGUACCUUUGGAUGAUUCAUUUUCAUUCUCAAAUUCAUCUUCCACCAUUACUCGCCCUUUAGCUGAGAUUCUUAGAGACCUUAACAAACGUAUCCCUGAUACUCUUGUUAAACCUCCCAUUGAUCCUUCCUCCUCCGCUUCUUCUUCCAUCUUCAUCCCCUGGUAUCAUGCUAAUAGAAUGUUAAGCUUCUAUGCCCCAGGAUGGUGUGGAGAGAUACGUGAUGUUAUUUUCUCCGAUAAUGGAACUGUAACUGUUGUAUACCGUCUUACUGUACGCGGAUCUGAUGGAGAGGCUUAUCGUGAGUCAACCGGCACAAUAUCAACUACCGAUGGCUCCAUUAGUGAUCCAGUUUCAGCAGCGGAGGAAAAUGCUUUUUGUAAAGCAUGUGCGCGGUUUGGUCUUGGCUUGUAUUUGUAUCAUGAUGAUCAAACAGCCAGUAUGUAAGCACUGAUAUUUUACUUGGUUUGUGUGUCUAAACUGAUAUAAAUAGAAGUGGGCAAAAAGUGGCGGUUAGACUCUGGUCAAGUACUUUUAUGGAAAACUAGAAGACAUAUCUUUGUUUUGUACGAAUCCAAAUGCUUAUUUGAAAGCAUGUUUCUAUUUUGGCUUUAUGUUUCCAAAGUUAGGGUACCAUAAGCCUUAAAUUGAUGUGAAAAUGAAUAAUUUCAUAUGUUUUUACUAGUGUAAAGGGAAUAUCCUUUUUUUACUAUGAAGACUACUACUAAGGUGUUGUCCAUAUGUUUUGAAUCCAAGUAUGGAUGAUUUAUGAAUUUGUGUAGAUAAACAACAUAA